AAAGGAUUCCAACUAAACUUCGCGAAGUAUAAAAUAAAUGGCCGGAGCUGUCUAUUUCAAAUCUUUUCUCUGGUUAACAGCUCUAGGCGGUCUCGGUUACGGCUUAUUACAACUAACACAACCAUCUGAAGAAAAACUCUCGAAAAUCAGAGAAUAUUCAAAGUCGACAAGUUUAACGGAGGAAGAGAAACGUAAAAUCCUGUUUAUGCAAAAACUGCAGGAGGCAGCCGGUGAAUCUAAGCCGGUUUACAUUCAGAGAAGUGAUAAAGAAAACAAAUAGAGUGGUGAAAUCGUAGUGCAAGACAAGGAUAUAUCUCACAGACCGUAACUCUAGUAGUAAACUAUUUAACAACUAUAAUGGGUGAUAACAGUGUAAAUCUUAAUAAAAAGGAACUAAUACUCGAACGACUUAA